AUGGCUGAGCCACAGGAAGACCAGUUGGUAGAAAGUACCAUGGGGACAUUGAGAAAGAAGGGCGUCAUUCUGUUUGAAGGCUCCUGCAUCCCCUCCCCUGUGCCCUUCCCAGAGCACAUCAGCUACAUGCCCCGGCUCUCCAGCGUCACCCUGGCCGGGAAGCUCACACAGUCCACCUUCACGCUUGAGCAACCACUGGGCCUGUUCGAUGACCUCAAUAUCUCUAACUCGGACCCCAUCUGGCUGGUGGUGGCCCACAGCAACGCCAUCCAGAACUUCACUGUCCCACAGAAGACAAAGGACAUUCCUGCCCCCGCUAACUUCUCCCAGAAGGGCUACUACCUCACACUGAGGGCCAACCAGAAGCUCUACCGGCGUGGUGGCCAGGCCAGCAAGCAGCUCCCUGUCCUCCGUGUGGGCAAUGAUACACACUGCUCCUGGACAAAAGUGGGCUGCAAUCACCCACUGCAGGGCUCGGGACCCUACAGGGUGAAGUUCCUGGUAAUGAGCAAGGAGGGACCUGUGGCUGAGACAGAAUGGUCCAAGGAGACCCGCCUGCAGCAAGCCCAGGUAUUGCAAGCUGUUAUGGGGCCCCAGAGUGCAGGCACAGUGGUCAUCAUUGCCAUCCUGUCGGUCCUGCUGGCCAUCCUCCUGGCUGCUGUCCUCAUCAUGCUCACACAAGCCUACUGCGAAAGCUGCAGGAACGUUCCCGUUUCGAUCCCAGAGGAGCCACUGAGCAUGGGAAGAUACAGCACCCACCACAUGGGCGACCCUUCAGCUGUGGGGGGCUCCUGAGCCACUCCAGGGGCACCUGGCUACCUCUCGGCCUCCUGCCUGGACCAGGCUGCACAGCCCCGAAGCUUCUGGAUCCUAGAGAGGUGGCUCUAAAUGAUGGUGGGGUGUGUGUGUGUGUCCUUACCCCAAAGCUUGGACCAGUCCCUGGCAGAAAU